CAGGGGGCGCAUGCGCCGCCCACGCCGCAGCCCUAGCGCAUGCGCGCCAGCCGGAGGCGGCCCGCCUCGCGCUCUGCCCGCCGGGAUCGAGGCCCGUGCGGCUGCGGCGCACGCGCGGUCCGGCGCCCUCGGCCGUGUCCUCUGGUCGGUGCCCGCAGCGCCCGGCGGGUGCCUGUGCCCGGUGGCGGAGCCAUGGCGGGGGGUACUGAGGAAGACCAGUGGGCUUGUAGGAUUGGCUGUGGUUGAAAACCCUCAUGAGCGCCUGCGAAUACUGUACACAAAAAUCCUUGGUGUCCUGCAAAACAUUCCCAAAGAUGCAGCAUACAGGAAAUACACUGAGCAGAUUAUAAACCAGCAAUUUAAUUUGGUGCAAACAGAAACAGAUGUGCAGAAACUACAGGACAAACUGAAUAGUGGUCACAUAGAAGAAGUCAUUUUACAGGCUGAAAAUGAACUUUCCCUGGCAAGAAAAAUGAUACAGUGGAAACCAUGGGAGCCUCUAGUUGAAGAACCUCCUUCUGACCAGUGGAGAUGGCCAAUAUAAAUUUUCAAAACUGUGUAAUCUCUUGCAAGUAAAAAAAAAAAGUUAAUGAUUAAUCUGUUGUUACUGACAGUUGUCUUUAAUUUAAAGAGACUAACUUAAUAAAAACAUGUGUUGUCCUAAUGUCCACUUA